AUGUCUGGCUACCAACAUUAUCACCAGUUGAUCAAGGAGGAAUCACUGGGUGACUGGGAGCCUUUAGAACUUCUCUAUAGCACGCGUUUUCCCUCUGGAGACAUGCAGAUUGAUAGGAAACUCGUUAGGGAGGAGUUUCUAAAGCGUCUGCCAGCAGAUGUUCAAACGAUCCUGGCAUCCGGUUCUGAGGAUCGCACCGUCUCACGGCUGGCCAAGAUGGCGGAUCAAAUGAUGGAGGUGUAG